GAAGUAAAGAAAGCGAGGGCGAGGCUUUCCAAGUUUGCAAGUCAGAGGGAUGAAGAAGUCACGGACAUCAGAGUACAAGCUGAUGAUAGAGAAGCGCAAAGAAGGACGAACGAAGAAGCGUUGAGAGUUGACAGAAGGCACAAGCUUCUCUUUGAGGCAGAAAGCAGCGCAAGGCGGAAUGCAGCAAUUGCUAUGAAGUGGUCUUCUCUCUUUGAGAUCGACGUUCCGAUGGACUUGCACCAUGACAUGGAAGCACAACAGACAGCUUGCUGGCGAAUCAUCGAGGCCAAGGACAACCUGAUUCGCGAUUUUCAAGUAGAACUGAAGAACAAAGAUGAGCAGUAUGUGAAAGCUUUGCGUCAAGGGGUGCAAGACCUCGACAACCUCCAGGACUCCAUGGCAAGAAAUGCAUCCCGACAACAAAUGCUCUACGAACAAGAGCUGCUCAGCCUAGAAAGCAAUUUCGAGGCGGAGAGGAAAGAGUUGAUCGAACAGUGCAGGAAAGAGUGGGACAAGCUCUUUGACAAGAGUUUGCAGCAACAGCUCCGUCAGAAAGGGGAAAGAGAGAAGCGUGUGGAUCUCAAUCAAGAGAAGCUUGUGAUCGUUCAUCGACACGACACAGAAGAUUUUCAUACUCUCAAGGUGCGGCUGGAGACAGAAGUUCAGAACUUGGAGCAGCAGCUGGAGGACAUGAGGGCGACUUACCAGCUCAACACUGAGAAGCUCGAGUACAACUUCAGGGUCCUCCACGAGCGGAACGAAGAGAACCAGAACACGAUCAACGCAAACAAGCGCAAGCUUGCAAGGCUACAAGACAACCUUUCGAACCUGAUGGCGAAAUACACUACUCUUGAUAACAAGUACAAGGCAGAGAACAACGAGCUCUCAGAAUCGUACCAAAGAUACACCCAAUUCUUCAUGGACCUCAAAGAAAAGUUGUUUCACUUCCAGAAAUCAGAUUCCAAACGCUACUUUGAUGUCUGGAAUAUGCAUGAGCAGAUGAUCAAAGCUAAGUUGCUGAAGAGCUUGCAGGCUGAUAAAAUCAUCCAUGAACAGCAGCUCGGCCUCCUGUGGUUUCCGCCGAACGAAGAAGAGCUGAACCGAGUGUUCACCAAGUUCCGUGAAAGGGUGAGAAGAUGUGCGGUCCUGUCUUGGUCUCCGAUGACGUUUCGAUGUUCAAGGAUCUCCUGCUCUCAGGCCAUCGAGGACAUGUGCCAGAUGAUCUGCGACAAGACAGGCUUCCUACUUGACUUGCAGGUCAAGGACAUGCUGAAAAAGCUGCAGAGAGACAAAGGAAAGCUCUACCAGAUCAAAACUGUCUUGAAGGCCCUUGGAAUCUCAAAGGUCGAGGACGUCCAGCUCCUGCUCUCCUUCUUCCGCUUGGACAGCGACGAGGGCGGGUCAGAGUCGCACAGGAAUACCUCUCCUGCCUCGAGCCACGAGCAUCUCGAAGAAAGAGACAGCGAGCGGCAACUGGGAGAGAAACCCCGCGAGACCAGGACGGGCUUCUCGUCCAACCACCUGCCUGCAGGAGAGCACAAGAGCGUGUGGGAGCUGUGCAAAAAGGUGAUCUCCCCCGACACGAUCGUGGUGUGGAAGCAGCUCGAGCGGUUUCAGAAGCAGUACAACGUCAUUCUCCAGGAGAGAGCCAACCUGAUCGAGGAGGUCAACACGCUCGUGCAGCAGAACAAGGAGCUCAAGAUGCUGCUGAACCAAUAUCUCACCUCCAAGGUCAACAACCAGCUCUACAUCCCUCCCACGGCGACUAUC